AAAUAAAUGAUGAGGAAAAAUCUUGUUCGAUAUCACAGUUAUCAAGUCGAUGUCGCCGAGUGGACGUUUCUCCUGUUGACAGUGUAUGAGUCAUUAGUCAGCAUGGCUAUAGGUUCUCCUCGGACGACAAUUCAAGAGAAAUAUAAAUUUAAUGAAUACGAAAAUUACACUCGUAAUAUAAAGUAUUGGAUGCUCUUUACUGGAACAUGGCCUAUUCUCCAUCCAAAUAUCUUCUAUCGUAUCAUACCCAUUAUCGCUGUAACCUCUACAACUGUAUUGAGCAUCAUGCUCUUUCGAUUUGCUAUUGCUAAUAUUACAAGUAUGAGCCUCAUGGUCAAAGGUUUGUCGUUAGGAAUCAGCUUCAUAUCGAUAGCACUGAAGGUUUUUCUUUUCACAUUCUAUAAAAAAAGAUUAAUCAAAGUGCAUGGAAUCCUCACUAACUGUCAUACGAAGGCUAUGGCCUCUGAUAACUUGCGACAUUUGGUGCUGGAAAGAGUAACCGGUUUUCGUCGGUUAACAUGGAUGCUAACUAUUCUUGUCGUUAAUGGCUGUUUCAUGUAUUUUCUCAUUCCUAUAAUUUCAAUGGCAGUUCAAAUUUGGAAUAAUGUACAACCCAUAAAAUACAUACUUCCGAUGCCGGCACUGUAUCCGUGGGAAAUAUAUCCUGGAGGAAUGAUGUACAUAGCAACAUAUAUAUUCGAAACCUAUAAUAUAUUGUGCUUAGGGAUCGUUACGUGCGGUGUUGAUUCACUAUUUGGCUACUAUAUUUUUCACAUAAUUGGACAGCUUCGAGUCCUGGGUUAUGAGAUGAUUAAUUGCAAUACGAUGGAUAAUACGGUUGAUUUCAUGCGCAAAUGGGUUACACAAUCUCAGGUACUGAACGGAUGCUGUGAGUGUUUGCAGACAAUCUACAGUCCCAUUAUCGUCUGGCAGAUCAUAACAAAUUCAGCUGUGAUAUGCACUGUACUAUUUCAAAUGUCACAAAUGUCAGGAAUUUCCAUAGGGAGAUAUAUUCUCAUUAUUGGUUAUAGUGGAACGAAAAUAAUGCAAACUUAUAUAUAUAGCUGGGCUGGAUCUGCCCUGACCGUUGAGAGCGAAGGGUUGAAGGAAAUGGUGUACUUCAGCAAUUGGGUGAAUGCUAAGAGCCAAUAUUUUAAAACUUCGAUUUUAUUUAUUCUCACGCAGAGACCUCUCCAGAUUACAGCUGCCAAUUGCCUGAUUGUUUCAACGGAUAUGUUUCUCAUGACUUUGAAUACAGCUGUAUCCUACUUCUUCUUACUGAAGACGUUUGAGGAGCGGGAAUCCAUGAUAAUUAUUUUUAUUGCAGACAUUCGAAGAACAACAAUCGCAGAGCAAAAUUUCGAUCUAUAUAGUAUUCUCGGAGACACCUCAAAAUACACUAAAUCGCCGAUGCGUUUCAGUGCGUUUCCCCUUCUCCGGUACCCUAAAACCUCAUCGCCUAUUCGAAUCGAUUGCGUAUCCCUAUUAUGCAUAACUGAUGUCAAAAAAAUCAGAGAGACUUCCGAGUCUGAGUUGACACCAAAAAGAGCCAAACCAAGUCGACACCCCUGUCAUAUCGAUACCAAUAGGGUAAUCGCUCAUCAAAGCCUCCUCACCACCCUUCAUCGAUCCUCUGCAUCGAAUAAUCUUUUCUUCAGAUGUUUGAGGCUUCCCAAUCUGACAGAUUACGAACCAACACUCAAAACUGUCCUCCUCCUCCUCCUCAGAGUUAUAAAGUUACCCUUCAUAUACCUGCAGCCCCCUAGUCCAUCAGCAAUGAAGGACAUUGAACUCAGAGAACACCAAAUUCUCACAAGCACCAUAAAAUUUUGGCUCUCCUACAGCGGAAUAUGGCCAAUUCACAAUCCGGGAAUUCUGUAUCGUAUCAUACCCAUUUUCGCCAUAAGUUGCAACAUCAUAUUGAGUAUAGCACUAUUUCGAUUUGCCAUAGCUCAUAUUUCGAAUAUAAAUCUCAUGGUUAAAGGAGUUUCCCUGGGAACGAGUCUUGCAACGAUAGCUUUCAAGAUAUUGGUUUUUACGUUGAGUAGAGAAAGUAUCGUCAAAGUAUUUGGGAUUUGUCGUAAUUAUCAUGAGGAGACAUUGAACGAUGAAAAUUUGCGUUAUUUGACUUUGGACAAAGUUUCGGGAUUUCAACGUUCAUCAAGAAUUCUGUGUUUUCUCGUUGCUUGUGGUGCGGUAUCGUAUUGCAUAGCACCUGUCAUUUUUAUUAUCAUCCAAUUUCGGGAUCAUGUACAAGCAAUCAAGUACAUACUCCCAUUGCCUGCUUUUUACCCGUGGAUUAUAACUCCCGGAGGAGCCCUCUACAAAGUGACAUAUUUAUUUGAAGUUUACAAUUUGAUGUGUCUGUUGUUCACGACCUGCGGUGUUGACACACUAUUUGGAUAUUAUAUAUUGCAUAUAACUGGUCAACUUCGAGUUCUAGGGUAUCAGAUAACGCAUUUGAAUAGAAGUGAUGGCUAUCACCAGUCUAUACGAAGAUUUAUUAAUAAAUUUGAGGACUUGAAGGAAUGCUGUGAGAUCUUGCAAGAGAUCUAUGGACCUGUCAUUCUAUGGCAGAUUAUUACAAAUUCAGUGAUUAUUUGUACCGUAUUGUUUCAAAUUUCGCAAGAAACCAGUAUUUCGAUACCGAAAUAUAUUCUUAUUAUCGGAUACAGUGGAUCAAAAAUCAUGCAAACGUAUAUGUAUGCCUCAGCUGGAACUUCUUUAUGUACAGAGAGUGAAGCCCUGAGUGAAUCCAUAUACUUCAGCGAUUGGCCAGGUGGUGGAAAACAACAAUUCAAAACAUCGAUAUUGAUAAUGCUGGCACAAAGACCUCUCCAAAUCACAGCUGCUCAUUUCGUCAUUGUAUCCAACGAUAUAUUUGUUAUGACAUUGAACACGGCUGUCUCAUAUUUCUUCUUGUUAAAGACAUUCGAAGAGAAGCAAUCUUAG